CUUCCUUCCUCUCUCUCUUUUUCUCUCACUUGCCAUUUCUUCCUCUGGGGCGAGUCGAUCACCUCCGUCGACACCCGAGCGGGGCCUUAUCGCUUCAUUUUUCCAGCCGGUGCAAGUUUUCCGCGCCUGUGCCGGGGAAUCUUCCCGAUUCCAACGAUUCCUUGACAAGUCACCCCCUCCAGGCGAACACAAGCGGCGACCGCCUGUACACGUUCUUCCUCUGUGUUCUCCCCUCCAGAUUAUGUCCCACCAGCCCGAUCGGCUUUGAUACUUAUAGCCGCGAAUUUCGGAAGCGACGUUUCGAAAGAAGAAAAUCGCGCUGGUGUCCGGACGAACGCCGGUUGGAGAGGAUCUCGAGCGCGUGUCUCCGAGUCGUGACAUCGAAGCGUUCGAUAUAUACAAGAGAAUACGAAGAGAACAGACGAGCGAUCGAAGGGAAUUGAAGUGUCGAUCGAGAAGACAUCGAAGGAAGAUGUCAAAGAAGAACGAGCUAGUGCAAGCUUAGAGGUGUACUAGAAGAAAGUCUGUAAAAUCUCGCUUGUUUGCUCGUGGAAAUCCCUGACGAGGAGAGCAUUUUUUUCUGGGGCCUGGAUAUAGAGGAGGAUAGAGAUAGAAAUAUUUGGAUUACGAGAUGCUGGUGGAGCACGCGGCACAGUUGACCUGGCAGGCGAUGGGAGGAACGAGAAUCGAGGUCCUUUACACGUUGCUCGUGUUCCUCGCGGUGUUGUUGGUGGCGAGAUGUCUGCAAUGGCUCAAGUACGUGCGUUCCUUGCCCCCGGGCCCUUGGGGCGUACCCGUGUUCGGUUAUCUGCCAUUUCUGAAGGGCGACGUUCACCUACGUUACGGCGAACUCGCGAAAAAGUACGGGCCUAUGUUCAGUGCACGAUUGGGGACCCAGCUCGUGGUCGUCCUCAGCGAUCAUCGCACCAUCCGCGACACGUUUCGUCGCGAGGAGUUCACUGGAAGACCCCACACCGAGUUCAUCAACAUCCUCGGCGGAUAUGGUAUUAUCAAUACCGAGGGCGCCAUGUGGAAAGACCAAAGAAAAUUUCUUCAUGAGAAGCUCCGAAGCUUCGGCAUGACCUACAUGGGCGGCGGAAAGAAAAUUAUGGAAUCGAGAAUUAUGCGCGAGGUUAAGACGUUCCUUCGAAGUCUGGCGUUGCGACGUGGCGCGCCAAUGGACGUCUCAGCCUCUUUAGGAAUGUCGAUCAGCAACGUUAUUUGCUCGAUCAUAAUGGGGGUGCGUUUCCAACACGGUGACGCCAGGUUCAAGAGGUUCAUGGACCUGAUCGAGGAGGGAUUCAAGCUGUUCGGUAGCAUGGUCGCGGUGAACUUCAUUCCUGUGAUGCGUUACCUGCCGUGUCUGCAGAAGAUACGGAACAAGAUAUCGGAGAACCGCUCGGAGAUGGCGGACUUCUUCCAGGAGGCCGUCGAUCAGCAUCGGGCGACCUUCGACAAGGGCAUCGUGCGGGACCUGGUGGACGCCUAUCUCCUCGAGAUCGAGAAGGCGAAGGGCGAAGGCCGCGCGGCGUCGCUUUUCCAAGGGAAGAAUCAUGAUCGCCAGAUGCAACAGAUCCUCGGGGAUUUGUUCUCCGCUGGCAUGGAAACUGUGAAGACCACGCUCGAAUGGGCGAUGAUUCUGAUGCUGCAUCAUCCGGAAGCGGCGAAUGCAGUGAGGGAGGAAUUGGACCAGGUGGUGGGCAGAUCGAGGAUGCCUGGCCUGGAGGAUCUACCUUUUCUUCCGAUCACCGAAGCCACGAUCUUAGAAGUGCUUCGGAGGUCGAGCGUAGUACCAUUGGGAACUACUCACGCGACUACACGGGAAGUGACGUUGCACGGUUACACGAUUCCCGCGGGUUCGCAAGUGGUGCCGCUGCUGCACGCGGUGCACAUGGAUUCGGAACUUUGGGAGGAGCCGGAGGAGUUUCGACCAAGCCGAUUUCUCUCGGCCGAAGGUAAAGUCCAGAAACCGGAAUACUUUAUGCCUUUCGGUGUCGGCAGACGUAUGUGCCUCGGCGAUGUGCUGGCGCGCAUGGAGUUAUUCCUGUUCUUCAGCUCGUUGAUGCACACGUUCGAGCUGAGAUCGCCGGAGGGCGCGUCCUUGCCGAGCUUGCGCGGUAACGCGGGCGUCACCGUCACGCCCGAUCCUUUCGACGUUUGUCUGUUACCGAGAAAUCUCGAGCUUAUCGAAGACGCGAGCAACGAUCCGAUUUCGUUCGCUGCGGUGUUAAGGAACAUCGGCAGCCAUUGAGGAAUCCGCGUUUACCUCAACCCUUAACGGACGUUCGCCUUUUGUACCCGACUUCUUUUCGCGGUAGUCAUCCCUGUUCUUUCGGGGAAAAGCGAUGCUAGAAAAGCAUCCAAUUCGUUCGUGAAACUGAAAUGAGAAUAUCUUUGAGAAAAGAUCAAAGUAUAUAGAGAGUAUAAAGAGAAAAAUAGAAGUACAGUAGAACCUCAUUUAUCCUCAUAUAUUAACCCUUUCCGCUCGAGGCAUUUUUCUAUAGAACCAAAUCCAGUCCAUUUUUAUAAUAAAUUUCUGUGAAACCAAAAACUCUACUUCGAACAGAAACAUCUACGAACGUUCGUGACUCGAUGUAUUAUUAUUUCAAUUACCAAUUAGUUGUAUUCGGAUGUAAGUGAAUUUGAAAUUGUACGUUCACAAAAUUACUUUUAAAUUACAUAUGUCGCCCUAGAGGCGCCACCCGAGCGCUAAGGGUUAACAGGUUUGGAGACAAGCCAGUUCCGAUAAUAGAGGUCCUUUUUGAGCCCUCUACCAUGGACCUCUACGUUCGACCAUGCCUUAGAAUCUAAAGUUUAGAUAAUAGAAGGGUAGAUUGAGGUACUGGACUCGGCUACGAAAUUUGACAACGAGGGUGACUCGUGAUUUUCAAGUUUGGCCUAAACUUGAGUCAGUCUCGUGAAAAUAGUGCAUGGGGAUAAACGAGGUUUUUCCGUAUAAAAUAAUUGGGACCACACAUCGUUUCCUAUAGCUACCAACUUAGCUACCUAGACACAUCUCUGUCAUCGCUGAGUUGGAUUUCUUCUGCAUUAGGUGAGCCCUAGACCAAUCGUUGCACCAACCAUUCAAAAGGAUAUUACUUUAACCUCUCGAAGGCUGUUGGUUUAGUUUUUCAUUUCUUUUUUAUAUUAAGUUGUUCCAUAAGUUUCUCUCGUUUGAUUAAUAAUUAAUUCAUACACAAUAUUUUAUGUUUUAUGUUACAUUACAAAAUUGUGUACAAUUCAUUUCGCUCCAUUACUGUUACAGCAUCAAUGUCUAAGAAAUUAGAUUGUCUAUUUAUAUAUAAACACUGUCACAGAAAACAAUUGAAUGCAACUCACGAUAGAAACUUUUAGGACAACCUAAUACU